AUGAAUGCUGAUCUUUCUAAGUGCACUAAAAUAAACAUAUUGAAUGAUUAUGUUUUCCACUCAAACAUUGAUUUGUCAGACUUCAAGUUCCCACCAAACAUCAACACUAUUGGUGUUCAUUCACUUUCUAAGACAUCUAUUUCAAGAAUCAAUCUGCCAUCACGAGUUCAAACUAUCAAUAACUAUGCAUUCGAAGAAUGCAGCAACUUAGACACGAUCAUCAUUCCAGAAGACUCAAAUCUUGAAUUCCUUGGUAUUGGUGUUUUCCGUUAUUGCUUUUCGAUUUCGACAAUCAAUUGCACAUGUCCUCGAUAUUCUAUCUUCGGUGGUGCACUUUUCAACUCUGAUAAGACGAGUCUUAUUCUAUUCCCACCUGCAUCGAGAUACUCUUUCUUUUCUCUCCCUGACACAACUACGACAAUCAGUCAAUCUGCAUUCCAAAGUUGUCGAAAUCUUGUUUCUGUCUUCAUUCCAAGUUUCAGUGUUCGUACUAUCUCUUCUAAUGCAUUCGAAGGCUGCACAUCUCUCAAGUCUAUCAACAUCCCACUUUGUGUCGAACGUGUUGAACAAGAUGCAUUCCUUGGUUGUUCAUCACUCGAAUGUGGUCUUCAUAUCGAGAAUCGAAACAAAGAUUUCAUUCAUAAACUCGUUAAUGUCUCUGGUCUUCCAUCCAUUUCUAUCAAACAAUGUAUUUCACUCUACUCCUGCAAAGUCAAACUUGACAAAUUCUCAAUCAACACGAUCUCUCCAUUCAUUGUUAUUUAUAUUUCUUAA